AGCGGAGUGGGCAGUGUAGGGCUGUGGUAGCCUGCGGGAGGCUGUGCUACAGGGAGAGGGAGACUUAAACAGGAACUCGCUUUACACCAAACCCAGAGUCUAGCACACGUAGUCACUUGGGAGUGAGGCUUUAGGACGCGGAAAUGUCGGGUUCUGAGUGCACCGGGACGUGAUGGGCCGGAGACUGCUUAUCCGAAUGUUACUCCGCUCCUGUCUGCCUGGCAGAAUGAGGCAUCGCACCCUAACUUCCAGCCCGGCCCUCUGGGCCUCUCUUCCCUGUCCACGCUCUGAGCUGCGUCUGGACCUGGUUUUAGCUUCUGGACAGUCCUUCCGGUGGAGGGAGCAAAGCCCCGCACACUGGAGUGGAGUGCUGGCAGAUCAAGUAUGGACACUGACCCAGAACGAGGAGCAGCUGUAUUGCACUGUGUACCGAGGAGACAAGGGCCAGGAGGGCAGGCCCACCCUAGAGGAGCUGGAAGCCUUACACAAGUACUUUCAGCUGGAUGUCAGCCUGGCUCAGCUGUAUAGCCAUUGGGCUUCUGUGGACUCCCACUUCCAAAAAAUGGCCCAGAAAUUCCAAGGUGUGAGACUGCUGAGACAAGACCCCACCGAAUGCCUUUUUUCUUUCAUCUGUUCUUCCAACAACAACAUUGCUCGCAUCACUGGCAUGGUGGAAAGGCUCUGCCAGGCAUUUGGACCUCGACUCAUUCAGCUUGAUGAUGUCACUUACCAUGGCUUCCCAAGCCUUCAGGCCCUGGCUGGUCCAGAAGUAGAGGCUCACCUCAGGAAGUUGGGCCUGGGGUACCGUGCCCGCUAUGUAUAUGCCAGUGCCAAAGCCAUCCUCGAAGAGCAAGGUGGCCUGGCUUGGCUGCAGCAACUUCGAGUGGCCUCUUAUGAAGAGGCCCACAAGGCUCUCUGCACCCUGCCCGGGGUGGGCUCCAAGGUGGCUGACUGCGUCUGCUUAAUGGCCCUUGACAAACCCCAGGCUGUGCCUAUAGACAUCCAUGUGUGGCAGAUUGCCCGGCGUGACUACAGCUGGCACUCUAAUACAUCUCAGGCUAAGGGUCCAAGCCCCCUGGCCAACAAAGAACUGGGAAACUUUUUCCGGAAUCUGUGGGGACCUUAUGCUGGCUGGGCCCAAGCACAUGCCCCUUUACACAGGUGCUGUUCAGUGCUGACCUUUGCCAACCAAACCAGGCUCGGGAGCCAACAGCAAAACGCAGAAAGGGAUCUAAGGUGCCAGAAGGCUAGAUGGGAUGAAAUAUGUCAUUGAUAUCUUUCCCUUUGUUCUUCUCUCCCCACCAAUCUCAUGUCAGGAAGGCUUAUUACGCCUACCUCAGAGGUCAUCACCCCAAAUCAAGCAGUCAUUUUAUACAACAGGGUGGAGGGAGCUAUUUGAACAAACAGAACUGUCUUGUUUUGUCUUCCCUUUAUUACAAGAAGGAACAAUAAAAUAGAAACAUUUGUAUGGAAAA